AUGAAUUUGUGCGCGCCCGUAUACCGGAGCUACAGUGCCGAAAGUGUGGAUACCUUGGACUACGAGCUGCCCCCGGUGGUGCCCCCGCGGCGCCCGCCCUGGCCGUCGAACAGCUCGAGCAGCACCGCCUCGAGGUACAGCGGCCAGCAGCGCAUCGCCAACAGCAACACCACCACAACCACCACCGCCACCACGUCCUCGCUGACAGCGACGGCGGCUACGACGACUACCACGUCGACGACGCUUAGACCGGCGUUCCGAGGCUCAACGACCUCCUCGUCUGCGCGAGUGUCGCCGCAGCCGCCACCCUUGACGCCGCCCCAGUAUCCUGCGCCUCCACGGCCCCCUAGUCGAAACGGUGGGGAUGAAGCGCGUGUCGCGAGGGCGAGAGGAAGCGGACGCGGAGCAUUACCGAACACCAUCCUCGCUAAUGGAACGCCCUUGUCGAGAGUGCCACCACCUCGCGCGGGCUGGGCAGUGCGAAUCAACGAGGCGACACUCACUACCCCAACUCAGUCAACAACGAAUCAUCGUCAACAGCAGCAGCAGCGGCAGCAGCAGCAGCAGCAGCAGCAUACUCCAGAUACAUCGAGAGCCGUCGAACAAUGGGCUAGCGAGCGGGCAUCGUCGUCGUCGGCUUUGUCGGUUCGCGGUCCCACGUCACCAUCGUCACCAUCCUCGUCAGCAGCAAGAAGAGCGGGGGCAGGAUCGACCGGUAGAGUGUUCCCGUCGUCGAGUCGAAUCGGCGGAGCAUCGACGACAGCAGCAUCAUCGGGAGGAGCUAGAGCCGAAGGAGAACGAGGAGGAGGAGGAGGUAGGAGAGGAGAAGGAACGUCGGGUGGGCUCGCCGCCGGCGUCCAUUUUCCGAAUCAUUGGCAAGAGGAGGAAGAGCUGGAGGCGAAGAAGAAGGAGGAGCACCGGAACCGUCUCGUGGACGCAGCGGCUUGCUAUCAAGCCGAGAAUCUUGGGCUGAGAUCCGGUCGGCCGAUGUCGCAGAACAAUGCGAUACCGCCGCUCUCGCGGCCACCCUCCUCGCAAGCGAACGCGAUCAACCCUGGAAACGGUCUCGACGGCCACCACGCGACAACCACCGACGCCGCCGCCAACAACAAUGCCGACGACGGGGACGCGCACGCGUCCUCCGGACGAACGGUUCACCAGAUCGUCCAGUCGGUUCGCGUGCACGAUCACAAUCGGCCGUUUCCGCCGCCCCGAUUGCCACCGACCGCCACGGGCAACGUUUCCUCGCCGAACGUCCUCCCGUCGUCGAAUCCCAGACUGGCGGUGACCGCGCCGCUGAGUCCGUUGUCGAGCACCUUCCGGAACAGACCUAGAAACGCGGAUGCGUCCAACGAGACGCCGACCGCGACGACGACGACGACGACGGCGGCGGCGGCGACGAUAUCGACGACGACGGCGACGACGACGGCGACGACGACCACGGCGACGACAACCACCGGUCCGAGAUCGGGGGCUCUGUUGUCGAGCAGCGCGAACGAUACACCGCCGAGGAGUCCGAUCGGCGAGGUGAGCUUGACCGUGCCGCGACCGGACGGCGAGAGGACCAUCAACGAGUACGUCGAGGCGCCGUUCAAGCACUGUUGCCUGAACCAAGAGCGGCGUCGGCUCGACGACGAGAAACGGCUGGCCACCGCGGACUGUCCGAAGAUCGAGAGGAGGCAGCAACGGCAGAAGGGCCUCGCCGGGUCCGACGGCCUGGUGGCCGGCACCCAUCAUCGGCUGCAGUCGAUCAGGAACCUGCAAGCGUUUCGCGGCGGAUCGAACGCGGGGUCGGGCGCGAACGCGGCCACGGGCGCGUCCACCGCGACCACGGGCCCGGUCGGCAGCAACGCCGUGACCAAGCAGCCGGUCUCGUUCACCAAAGAGCCGGCGAACAGCCUCGCCUCGAGGACCUACGACCCCGCCGGCCUCUCGAUCAUGUGCAAUUUCUGCGGCAGGUGCCGGUGCGAAUCCUGCCGCGAGCCGCCCCCGUUGCCCAGCAAGUGGUUGUGCGACAACAAGUGCUUCUGUUCCGCGGACACUAUCCUCGACUACGCGUCCUGCCUCUGCUGCGUGAAGGGACUGUUCUAUCACUGCGUGGACGGCAGCGGCCCGGGCGGAAUCGACGGCGAGGCGGCCGGCGGGUGCGCCGACGAGCCGUGCUCCUGCACCGGCAACAAGAAGCUUUCCAGGUGGGCCUGCCUCGGCGCCCUCACCCUCCUGAUGCCCUGUCUGCUCUGCUACUGGCCGUUCAAGGGCUGCGUCGCCCUCUGCGAGCUCUGCUACGCUCGGCACGCCGCGCAGGGGUGCAGGUGCAACCCGAGCACGAUGGGCAACAACGCGGCCGGCCAAGGCAGGCAUCAUCCGAUCGCCAACGAGAUCGGGGACUCGAGGGACCCGGAGAAGAGGUUGCUCGACCCGGUAACACCGGAACUCUAGGACUUUUUCUCUAGACUUCUAGUCUCGUCAGGACUCUGACUUUUUCUCGGCAGAGAGGGAGAUCGUUGAGGUAGAAAGGGGAGCGGGAGAUGAAGCGAGAAAGAGAGAGUGAGAGAGAGAGGGGGGCGCGCGAGAAGGGAGCAAAGUGAAUCGCAUCAAGUACAAGCAGUUGCAUUUAAGUCGAGAAACGAUUAUAUUAUGUACACGUUGGAGCAAAAGUCGGACGGGAUGCGUUUCCCGGCGUCCGGCUCUGUCGCGAGUGUUUUCAUUAUUUAUUAUUCUCUUCCAUGAGAAUGGAAACGAGAAAAUGAGAGAGAGAGAGAGAGAGCGUGUGUGAACGUGAGCGUGCUUGCGUGCGUGAUCGAGUAUGCGUUUCCGAGAGAAAUAGAGCGACGAGCGAGAGUGGGAGACCGCGAAGCAUAGGGGGCGAAACAGGUCGAAAGAGGGUAAUGGGAGAGAGACGGUACGACAGAGGGAACCGGAGAGAUUGGAGAGAGGGGUAGCAGAGCGGGCGAGAAAGAGGUUGACGAAAGGUACGCGAGCGUCCGUAUUACGCAGAGACAUACCACUUAUGUAUAGAUAGGUCUGUACACGAUUAAAUAUAUAAAUAGUACGCGCACACACGGAGAGAACUAGCAAGUCUGCGAGCGAGUGGGAGAACACGAGUAACAGAGAGGGGAAAACGGUAAAUAGGAGAAACGCUAAAGUAUAUUAAAUCGGAGCGAGCGAACGCGUACGCGUACCAGUACGUGUAAACGCGUCUACGUGUGUGCAUGUGCGUGGAUGCGCCGGGUGAAUCUAUGUUCGCGUAUGUGUGUGGCGUACGGCGUGUCCGCGUUAUUGUCGCCCAUCGCGUCCCUCGUGAAUGAGCGCCGCGAGAAGAAAACAGGAGAGGAAGAACCUCCGCCAUUUUCUAGAGCAAACCCAACGCGACGCGACGCGACGCGACGACGAGAACGUCGUUGCGUCGGCUCUCUUUCCUCGAGAUCGAUCGACGACCAAUUAAUUUAUUCGCUUGCGCAGCGCGUCAGGUGCCUUAUCACGAUCAGAAAGACAUGUCGGAAUCGCGAGAUGAAGACACUGUGAGAGAGAGAGAGAGAGAGAGAAUGAGAGAGAGAGAGAGAGAGAGAGAGCGCGCUCGCGUUUCGCGUCGGGUUUCCGUCAGAUCUUUUCUUCCUCUUCCGGUUUGCUUCGAGCGAUCGCGAGCAAACGAUUAUGGUUGGAGCACGUGCCCGCGUUCGGCAAACGGGGAACAUCCCCUCCCCCCGUUUACCGAAGGCGCGGCAAUGUCGAAAAACGUGCGCGAUGCCGACCGCAACGCGAACACCCUGUAUACGCGUAGAUCUAUAGACAUGUACAUUGUAUAUUACAUUUGUAUAAAGAGGAAACUUUUCUACGGUUAAUUUAUUCAUGGCUGCAUCGCCGAGUAAAAUAGAAUAUUCGCAUGUAGCGUAUGGGCGAGGAUGUUUGAUCGAGCAGCAGGAACAGGACGGCGAGCAGGAGAGGUCGGUGAUGAAUGCGAGGGUUGAUAGAGAGAGAGAGAUAGAGAGAGAGAGAGAGAGAGAGAGAAAGAGUGCGAGGGAGGAGUAUUCGAAGAAUCAUUCGAUUUGUCUGACGGUCCGAUAGCAGAGACCCGCGCGCGUCAAUCGACAACCGGAGAAAGAGGAACAAACGAAAGUGCGAGAGGACGAGAGAGCGACAGAGAGAGAGAAGAUAGAACACGCGAGCAGAGGAAGUCGUUACGGCGAGGGCGAGGGGGAGAAGAGGAUGCUCUGAAAAGAAGCAUUGUCCGCGUUUCCGAGCGUUUUCCUCCGGUCUCGAUCCACGGAAUACGCGUGCACACGCUUUCGCGAGCUGCUGCCGCGCGCGUAUCGGUAGCACCGCGACGCAACAGAAUGACUGAGAAGGAGAGCGAAAGAGAGAGAGAGAGAGAGAGAGAGAGAUCCAGAUAACGAGCGUCGGUGAGAGUCGUCUCCCUGCGGCAAGAAUGAACACGGGGGUGUUGCGUGUGUACGCGCGCGGUUGGUUACGCGAGCGAACGGCCGUCGAAGACUGAGAGAAACGCGGACACACGGAGAAGAGGGACCCUGACGAGGAGAGGACCGCGAGGACAUCGAAACACCUUAACACAUCCGAACGUCGAAACAUCCGAGACGACGCGACACGGGCCCGUCCGAAUCCGGCGACGAAGCUCUGGUGCCGCGCGUCCGCUCGAAACCGCCGCGACGACGCGCCCUGCGGGACCGUGAGCGGAACUUUGGAGCUAAACAGAAGUUAGCUUUCGACGAUGUUUCUCUGCCAUACGACGCCAAAGCUCUGUUCACAGACUCGCCGCAUCGCUAACGCGUAGUCCCCGCCCGAUCUUCGCGGACUCGUCUCGGGGAAGGAGAUCCAACACGAUCGAUUCGAGGCGAGUCGAGGAGUUCGAAGCCGUGUGUGCGCCCAUUGGGCGCUCGUCGCAGGGUCGCCCUUCGGACCUUGCUCGUCGGCCUCUACCCUCGAGGGAGACUCGGAGAAGCGGGCGAAAACUAUACAUUUCUCGGGAGCACGACGCGUUUCCUGUGGACGCGCAGCAUCGAGCCGCGUUCCUACUUCCGCAACGCGAAUCCGUUCGACUCGAUGAUAGGGCGAAUGUAAAUAGUAUAUCCCGUGAAUGGUGCGGGGUAAGAAGUAAUUCUGGUCAAACAUCUUGGAUUAUAUAUGCUGUACAGAGAAAUGUUUCAAAUAAAAUGUUAUUUCCUUGUA